GUGACGUAUGAUAACAACAGGAAGUGGAACAUCACGUUUCUGGUAAUGGCUCAGCAGGCGUCAGCGGGGCAGCGCUACCUGCGGGCGUUCGUUAGCGGGUUCUUUGUCGCCGUUCCAGUCACUGUCACUGUCCUCGAUCGGUUUGCCUACGUGGCGCGAGUGGAGGGAGCGUCGAUGCAGCCUUCCCUGAACCCAGAUGGGGCGUUGAAUUGUGACGUUGUCCUGCUGAACCGUUGGAGUGUGAGGAACUACGAGGUCCAACGAGGUGACAUCGUCUCCGUCAUGUCCCCCAAGAACCCCCAGCAGAAGAUCAUCAAGCGGGUCAUUGGCCUGGAGGGAGACUUCAUCAGGACUCUGGGCUACAAGAACCGGUAUGUUCGAGUCCCUGACGGUCACUUCUGGAUCGAGGGGGAUCAUCACGGCCACAGUCUGGACAGCAACAGCUUCGGACCGGUGUCUGUGGGGCUGCUUCACGGUCGCGCCUCCCACAUCAUCUGGCCACCAAAUCGUUGGCAGCGAAUCAAGCCGUCUCUGCCCCCAAACCGAGGACCGCUGGACACUGAGGAAGAGGAGGGGUGAAGACACACAAACACAGAUUUUUAUAGCUCUGGUAAUAUCAUCUAAACUGAAACGAGGCGUCCGUUAAUGUUUGGAAAGACAGAGUUGUUCACAGCUGUACGAAUGCAUUCAAACCUCACACUGUAUCACUGCUAUUUUUCCUAGAAUGUUAAACACAGGAGAAAACAGAUGCUCCUGUUGAGUCACUGAGUGAGUCAUGAGUCGUUAUGUAAACUGUUAGACUGUAUAUUGAUUUUGUGUUUUGUUAAUUUUGCCACAGUCCAGUCGUUUCCAGAGACAUAAACAAUUCUUCCUUAAAGAAAGGCUGUCACCCCACAAACGCACAUCUUUAGCUUCACAACUUUGUUUUCUGCAGCUCAAGUUAGCUGAUGUUGCACCUUUGGGUGCAUGCUAAUAGAUUCUGAUACACCGUCCAGUGAAAACAUUUUUUAUAACUACAUAUAGACUGAAAAAUUAAGCGGUAUUUCCCUUUACAGACGUUGCCAUAGCAAAGCUUCUUUCAUGUGUUUUCUGUCAGCACAGCCUUCAUGCUCAUGACCUCUGGAGUGCACUUGAGGAUAACAGAAUUCAAUUACUUUCCAGUAGGAUGGGAGACGACAGUGUCUGUGUCAUUAUCUAAAAAUCUAUUUUCACUGUGCUUUUGUUUGUGUUGCUGGUGUUGUCACCUCUGAGCGGAGAGCUGCUGAGAGUUCACACAGAUCCCAUGAAUAUUCCCUCCUUUAUUAAAAUGCUCUGAGAGGAGAAAUGAGCAUUUAGUCACCCACAUCAACCAGGUUAUCUGAAGUCUUAAUUAGAGGGAAACCACACAAGACAAAACAGCCAGCUGACUCCUGCCCGCUUCUCAAACAGCUGAAAAGCUCCGUCUUUAAAGAGGCGCAUUGCUGAUUUGCAUAAAUCAAAUCGAGGGAGCACUUGUGGUAAAUUCAGCCAAAUGGAGCUCUCAAUUGUAGCUGUUGAUUCUGCGAUGCUAACAGCUGUGUCACGGCGUAAUGGGACCCUGGAAAGCACAAGUGGGGCUAAAUGCAGGUGUACUCAACCCUCCCUCAGAGGCAGCGCACAACAGCGGGCUCACAUCUGCAUAAUUAAUUCACUCAAAUGUGAUGUGUAUGUCUGUGCCAAUUGAAUCUGACAUUUAAGGUUUAUGGUUUAUGUCUGAGGUUAAUAAACUGCACCCUG